GCCAUGGAAACGGCGCGCGGGAGCCAGCGGCCGCGUUGGGCCUGCGGGCAUCUACGAAGCUAGACAGACGUUCUCUGACCUGAUUUACUAAGCUGUGUCUGGAGCCUCUUGGUGAGGAGUCUCAGCAGAAAGAUGAGUUCCAUCAACUCACAAGAUGAUGAAGAUACGUUUAAAAUACUAAUUGCUACUGAUAUUCAUCUUGGAUAUUUGGAGAAGGACCCAGUGCGUGGAAACGAUACCUUUGUAACUUUUAAUGAAAUUUUGGAGCAAGCUCAGAAGAAUGAGGUGGACUUUGUUUUAUUAGGUGGGGACCUUUUUCAUGAAAACAAACCUUCCAGAAAAACAGUACACUCUUGUUUGGAGUCACUAAGAAAAUACUGCAUGGGUGAUCGUCCUGUUCACUUUGAAAUUUUGAGUGAUCAGGCAGUUAAUUUUCAUUUUAGCAAGUUUCCAUGGGUGAACUAUCAGGAUGGAAAUCUCAACAUUUCUAUUCCAAUUUUUAGUAUUCAUGGCAAUCAUGAUGAUCCCACAGGGGCAGAUGCACUGUGUGCAUUGGAUAUUUUAAGCUGUGCAGGAUUGCUGAAUCACUUUGGACGUUCAACUUCUGUAGAGAAAAUAGAUAUUAGUCCCAUUUUAUUGCGUAAAGGCAGAACAAAAAUUGCCCUAUAUGGCUUAGGAGCCAUUCCAGAUGAGAGGUUGUAUCGUAUGUUUGUCAAUAAACAAGUAACCAUGCUGAGACCAAAAGAAGAUGAGGAUAGUUGGUUUAAUUUGUUUGUGAUUCACCAAAAUAGGAGCAAACAUGGAGCCACCAACUACAUUCCAGAACAAUUUUUAGAUGACUUUAUUAAUCUCGUUGUGUGGGGUCAUGAACAUGAGUGUAAAAUAGCUCCAGCCCAAAAUGAACAGCAACGUUUCUAUGUUUCUCAGCCUGGAAGUUCAGUGGUGACAUCUCUGUCCCCAGGAGAAGCUGUGAAGAAACACAUUGGUUUGCUGCAUGUUAAAGGGAAGAGAAUGAAAAUGCAAAAGAUUCCUCUAGAGACAGUACGAAGUUUCCACAUGGAGGAUGUUGUUCUAGCUGAUCAUCCAGAUCUUUUUAAUCCAGACAAUCCUAAAGUAACUCAGGCAAUACAAGCAUUCUGCAUGGAAAAGGUUGAAAUGAUGCUGGAUAACGCAGAAAGGGAACGUCUGGGAAAUCCACGCCAGCCAGAGAAGCCUCUCAUAAGAUUACGAGUUGAUUAUACAGGAGGCUUUGAACCAUUCAGUGUCCAUCGUUUUAGCCAGAAGUAUGUGGAUAGGAUAGCUAACCCAAAAGACAUCAUACACUUUUUCAGGCAUCGUGAGCAAAAAGAGAAGAAUGACAAUGAUGUUAAUUUUGGAAAACUGGUUAGCAGACCUGCUUCUGAGGGGACAACGCUGAGGGUGGAGGACCUUGUAAAGCAAUAUUUUCAGACAGCAGAGAAGAAAGUACAGCUUUCACUUCUAACUGAAAGAGGAAUGGGAGAAGCAGUGCAGGAGUUUGUGGACAAAGAAGAAAAAGAUGCUAUAGAAGAGUUGGUGAAAUUUCAACUAGAAAAAACACAGAGGUUUCUUAAGGAGCGUCGCACUGAUGCAGAGGAGGAAAAAAUAGAUGAGGAGGUGCGAAGAUUUAGGGAGAGUAGAAGAAAGAAUACUGAAGAAGAGGAUGAGGAAGUCCGUGAGGCAAUGACCAGAGCUAGAGCCCACAGAUCCGAAGAUGCAAUUCUUGCCUCAGCCUCCAGUGAUGAAGAACUCAUGGAUAUUGGGAUAAAAGCCACUGGGGAUUCAGAUGACAACCUUCCUUCAACAAUGAGCCGAGGAAGGGGUAGGGGAAGAGGUAGGGCAAGAGGUGCAAGAGGACAAAAUUCAACAGCAAGAAGAUCAUCUCAAAGGGGAAGAGGAAACACUAGCCAAGAAUCAGCUACUAGUAGCAGAAUGUACAAGCCUGUGCCUGCUAAGAACAUGUCUAUCGUGGAUGCCUUUAGGAGUUUGAAACCACAACCCUCCUGGAAUUCAUCUAAGUCUUACUCAGAGGAUAUUAUAGAUGUUGACUCUGAUAUAGAAGAAGUUUCGGUUGUUCCUUCUUCCAAAGCAAAUCAAAGGUUAUCAACUCCAUCUUCACUGAGUAAAAGGUGUUCACAAAGCCAAAUAUCUAGAGGAGUUGAUUUUGACUCAGAUGAGGAUGAUUUUGACCCAUUCAAGAGCAUUGCAACAUCAAGAAGAACGAAAUAAUUUCAGACUCACUGUGUAAGAGAGGCCACUAAAGAAAAAUGGAGAACAAUAUGCAAAGCAUACUCUGUAUGACAUUUCUCUGUAAAUGACGGUUUGCCUUAAGUCUUCACUCCUAUGAAAUGUUUUAUUUUAGUGGCACUGAAUUCAGAAUGAUUUGUGUUGCAUUACUUGGAUGCAGAGCCUAAUAUUUUACAAAUACUUGGAAGUAGUACUGCCUGAAACUGCUAAUUCUUUCUAAAAAAAAAAAAAAAAUCUAAAAGCCUGUUUUCUUUCUAAGAUGGUAAUGUAAAUAACAUAAUUGUAUCUUUUAUAGAAAGCUUCAUUCUUUUGAUGCUUGAAUUUUUCAUAGGAGUAAAUUUAGGAUAGUACGCGAGUAUGGAAAUGAAUGUGGACUUGGCCAGAACAGUGAACUCUGUAUUUAUUUGCAGUUUUGAUACCGUUGCAGUUAAAGCCCCAAGGAGUAGUAAUUUAACCCAAAGAUACAGCUUUCAAUAUUAACACCUGAAAAUGUCGUAAUACUUUCAGCUUAUUGGGAGAACUAAACCCACUGUUGCACUGUUAUUAAAUGUCAUAGUAUACAGGAAUGACUUCUGCUCUGUUACUAAAGAAAAGCCAAAGAUUUGAGGUUAAAUUGCAUUAUCAGCUUUUCACCCUUUAAAAUAAGACGUGGGGGCUAGAACCCUACAGCUGUGCAAGGAAUGCUACUUGAAGAAUAAAGGAAUUGUGCCAGUAAAGGGCAAGACGUUGUCUCUUGCUUUUUCUUAGUUGAUGUUUCUCAGUUAUCUCUUACCUCAGCCUUCCACUUUAGUAACCCUCCUGAAAUGUCAUUGUUGUUUUUCCAACUAUUUCUCUAAAUGAGAACUCUUAAAGCAGAACACUGUGUUGACAGUGAAGAAACAGUUCUUUCCAUGGAAGGAGCCAAGGCUCCUGUUUCUGUUCCUUCUUUGCCUUUUUCCACCCCAUACAUCCUUUCUCUUCCUUCCCUUCCUCCCCUCCCCCCCCCAAAGAAAAAAAGUACUGACACAUCAUGGCUACAGCCUUUAGAGCUUGUCAAGGAAGAGGCCAGAAGAAUUUAUUAGCUAAUCCUCCAGCAUGUCAGAGAGGCACUAAAUACAUUGAAAGCAGCAACUAUGUGUCCAUAUGUGAGUUUGUUUGUCUUUCUCCUUCUCCCUCAAAGAUACAGGGUUGGCAUUUGUGUUGCUGUGGCUCUUGCUGCAUGUGAGUGUUGUUACUUUAUCUGCAUAUAUUCUGCAGGAGUGAACUUAAAUGAGCCUUGAGCUUUCUGAGUACUUCCAUGAGAAUGAUCAAAACAUUCAAAUUUCUAGUGUACAGCUUAGUAGCAAUUUGCAGAGCAGUAUGCUCACAUAAAGUAUCAGGGCAUAGUUUGAUAGCCUGACUCUUUCCCCUCAUUAAAUGCUGUCAAAGCUAUUAUAAUAUUACCUAUGCAAUAGACAAGCUGCUGUAAAAUCUCUUCAAGAGAAGGGCUGAGUUUUUUUUUUUUUUUUUUUUUUUUUUAACCUAUUUGUAAAUAAAGAGCAAAUCUCACAUGGAUGGACUGCAUUGAAUCAAAGGGAUUAAGAUUUUAAUACAAUUUGCUUGUUUAUGUUGCUAUUGA